AUGGAAGAUAUUCUACCAGGGCCACUUAGUCAGGAAGUUAUCUUAGAUAACUCGUAUCAUGUGAGUGCUGCUGUUUGGGCUGGUGUUGAUCGGGGUCCAUUGGAGUGUUUCUGUGGCAACCGGUCUAUGAGGAGCUGGUUUCUUUCUGAUGCUCAGAAGGAAAUUCUACAUGCUAUAGGGUUUGGCGUGUUUGCCAAUCCCAGACUUAUACUUCAGACUGACGCGAGGCUAGUGAGUGCUCUUGUUGAGAGGUGGCGUCCGGAGACCAACACAUUCUUCAUGAGACAGGGGGAGAUGACUGUGACCUUGGAGGAUGUUGGUUACAUAUUGGGGUUGCCCAUUCAUGGUCGGCCUUUAGUGGGAGAUGUUAUUGACAACCAGAAGGACUUCUUUCGGAGGAACUGGUUUGAGGAGUUGUCGACAGCUGACGUGGAUUCGGCUCAUACUAGGGGCGGGGUGAGGUACACAUGGUUGUUUGAGACGUACGGAGCUGAUCCCGGUCCUGAUCCAGAGCGGAUUCUCAUCCACACGCAGGCCUAUUUGUUCGUUGUUGUAGGUGCUGUUCUUUUUCCUACUACUAGUAGGAAUGUGGUGCAUCCCCGGUAUCUCCGCCAUCUUCGCAGACUGAGGGAGAUUCCUACAUGGUCUUGGGGUUCGGCAGUUCUGUCUUACUUGUACAGGGGGUUGUAUCACGCCACACAGAAGGAUGCCAAGAAGAUAUCAGGUUGUGUGUGGUUGUUGAUGCUAUGGUCUUAUGAGAGGUUCGAGAUUGGUAGACCUAUUCCUGAUGAGAGCAGGGGCAGCUAUCCGGUAGCUGAGUUUUGGGCUAUGCCUGACGAGGAUGAGGAGGACGAGGGUAAGGGGAAGAAGGGGAAGGUGGAGGGUAAGGGGAAGGGGAAGGAAGAGGCGAAGGGCAAGGGGAAGGGGAAGGGGAAGGGGAAGGAAGAGGUGAAGGGCAAGGGGAAGGGGAAGGAAGAGGGGAAGGGGAAGGGGAAGAGGGGUAAGGGGAAGGGGAAGGAGCCUGAUAUUCCCGAGGAGAUUGAGGAGGAGGAGGAGAUGGAGGAGCAGGGCUGGAUUGUGGGUGGGAAGAGGAAACGGGUUAGGCGUGACAGUAGAGCGGCGCCUCAUCAUAGCUUGCCACAUUACAGGGGUGAGUUUGAUGGAGUAGCAUCAGACGUAGUGAGUUGGACACCCUAUUCCGAAUUUCAUGAGAUGGAAGGGGAUUCGGAUGGGGAUCAUGACGUAUCUGCAGAGGAUUGGGAGGCUCGUUAUGCUGGGCUUGCUCGGGUCCCAUUAGUUCAUUAUGACAUAGUGGAGUAUCAGCAUUCAGAUAGGGUGUUGAGACAGUUUGGUUUGAGGCAGCCUAUUCCCCCCCCUCCGGUAUCCAUGACUCGGUACAGGCAGGAGAAAGAAGCCUUUCACUACACUGAUUGGCGUGCUGUAUGGUUUGCUGAGAUCGGAGAGUGGGAGCGUUUUGUGGAUCACCCCGAGGUUGUGGUGGCUCAGCAUUCACUAGACACCGAUGACACAGGUUACAUGGACUGGUACGAGCACAUUUCCAGGCGCCGCGUUGGGAAGCCACAGCCUGUGCCACAGCCGCAGUAUUCCACCAGGGAGUUGUUUGACAACCUUCAGGCAUUUCAACUUAUUCAGAAGGGUUUGGAAUGCCUUAAGGCGAUUGAUUCAACCAUCCCUGAAGGCUAUCGCGAGGAAUUUAGAGAGAUUGCCCCGAUAUUUGUCGAGCCGUACUGCCGUUUCAUGCAACAGCUCAAGGGCCCAGCAUACACCCCUCCUGUUUUCGACCAUGUCCAUCUAUCGGCUGUGGCAAAGAGGCCAACUGUUGCAGACGUCUCCCCCCAUGACAUCAUUGAUAUGACACAGCCGUCUCAGCAGACUACACAGGUCCCUACUGUUCCCGCAUCACAGGCCACUUCCUCGAGGCCCGAGAAGAUGGAUGUUCGUAGGCCUGCUGAACAGAAGUGGCUGAUAAGUAAGAAGCUUUCAGAGGAGAAGAUGGCCGCCAUUAGGAGAGACUGGGGAUGGGUACGAGGUCAGCCUGUGGGGCUUCGGGGUGGAAUUAAACAUGAUCUCAUGUUCAAUUUGGCGGAGAAUUCAAUGCAGAGCUUGGCACCCGGUGCUUGGAUAGAUGACCGCAUCAUAUACGGAUACAUGUGGUUGUUACGUGAGCGGGAAGAAGCUAUUGCCGCUGCAGGAGUGUAUCCGAGAAAGCCAAUUUACUACUUCAUGGAUCCAUUUUUCAUUACAUUGGCUAUGGAGCUGGAUUACACGGUUCUCACGGAGCGGGUUAAGCGUUUCUUCGUUACGUGGGGUAGUUGUGGGAUUGGUCCACCAAUCAACGAAGUGGACUACAUAUUUGUCCCGGCCAAUGUUAAUGGGAAUCACUGGAUUUUGAUGGUAUUGUCUGUGAAGGAAUGGGGCGUCAUGGUGUUUGAUCCUAUGACCAACAAAGCUGAACAUGCGAAGGAAGAACAAUGCGUGGUUGGACUGUUGGCGAGGAUGCUUCGUUAUCUUGGCCCCCGACUUACUGUGCCGAAGGAGGACCCUCUAGUCCAGGUCUGGGAUGCAAUGCCGAAGCAGAAUAACUACACUGAUUGCGGGGUUUAUAUUUGCAAGUAUAUGGAUUAUCUCUUGCAAGGAUAUGACCUCUCUACCUUGGUGUGGGACGCUUCAGACCUCGAGGUCUUCCGUUACAGGAUUGCCAAGGAGCUUCAGAAGGGGAAAGCAAGAUCCAUCCCAAACCACCGGAUGAGCCAGAGGGGCUCGCAGCUAGCUUAGGACUUCUAUUUAUUUUCUUAUUCUACGAGGAUUUGUAGGGAAUU